GGUUCGCGGAGGUGACAGUUGAUAUGGUAUAAAUACUCGCUGAUCCCAAGCUGAAGCCAUCAGUCUCUUGUGCCAGUUUCUUGUGAUCUUAGCUAGUCAGCACCAACCCGCACCCUCAACCACCAUGCAGCUCGCCGUCUUCAGCACCCUCCUCCUCCUGGCUUGCGCCUACGCUGCCCCCAUCGAAGACGCUUCCGCAGAAAGCAAACCCGCUGAGACCUCCAACAAGGAAAAGAGAGGAUUAUACGGAGUCGUCGGAUACCCAUCAGUGGCCGCCUACCACGCACCCGCUGUAGCCGCCUACCACGCACCCGCCGUCGCCGCCUACCAUGCCCCCGUCGUCGCUGCCCCAGCCGUCGCCACCUCUUACUCCCACGUUAGUGUGAGCCAUCCCGUCGCCUACCAUGCCCCAGUCGCCGCCUACCACGCGCCCGCCGUUGCCGCCUACCACGCACCCGCUGUCGCCGCCUACCACGCCCCAGUCUACGCCCCACACUCCGUCCUCUACCACUAAGCUCAAAAGAGAUUCAAGACUCAAAUUUCAACAGAUGGCGUGAAAAUCGUCAAAUCAUGACCAAAACUACCUAAAAAUCUCAUCUCAGUCUCUCGACCUCACUCAUUUUUGUUUUAUUUAUUUUUAUUUAUUUUGAUUUGCUCCAAUAGUUCUCUAGGAUAAUUUAUGUUUAAAAAAUUAAAAUAAAUUAGUUUUAAAUUUGCUAAA